AUGAACGAAUCGCUUCCUAGAGUCCGCGGCCUAGCCCCAAUCGGCGCAGUUCCGGCAGUCAACACCGAGACGUUCCGUGAAUUAGAACCUUUUACCGAUGCGCAGGUGGACGAGUUCCGAGAACAGGACCGAUGGUUACCGAUAGCGAAUGUCGCUCGGAUCAUGAAGAACGCCCUUCCGCCUUCUGCAAAGGUGUCGAAAGAGGCCAAGGAGUGUGUGCAGGAGUGCGUCUCUGAGUAUAUUGCCUUCAUCACUAGCGAAGCGGCCGACAAGACCUUGACCGAGAAGCGCAAAACGAUCAAUGGGGAGGAUAUCCUCACGUCCAUGCGGGCACUCGGCUUUGACAACUAUGAAGAGGUCUUGAAGAUUUAUCUGGCAAAGUACAGAGAGGUGAGUUUGGGAUUGGAACUGCCAAAGCGCGCUGAAGCGCACUGGCUGAUAUCCGACAGCAUCAGCUCUCACAGGCCAAGCAAAAGCUCGCAUACAACGAGGAUGAAGACGGAGGGAAACGCGCUGGAGAGGAGGAGGAAGAAACAGAUGGGAGGAAACGCAAGAGGAAGAACAGCAAGAAGAAGGAGACAUGAGGGCGGCAGCAGAAGGGUAUACGCCUCAGCCCAUAGGCGCCGGAAGGAGCGUAUGGGCAGGAAGGGAUAA